AGCUCGAAGGCGGCAGCAAGGAUGUUUACGAAGCCAUGCAGAGGUGGCACAACCGUUCCUUGGGCCACCGGCUGUACGACGCCUUCACCGUAGCUGGCCUCCGCGUCGAGGCCAUCGAACCCGGCCGCCUUCUCUGCUCCUUCAUGGUCCCUCCUCGCCUCACGUCGAGCGCCAGCAACCGUAUGCAUGGAGGCGCGGUGGCGUCGCUGGUGGACCUGGUGGGCUCUGCGGUAAUCUUCACGGGCGGCUCGCCGGUGACAGGCGUCUCGCUGGAUAUCACCGUCUCCUACCUGGGCGCCGCCCAUGCAAACGAGGAGAUCGAGGUGGAGGCCCGGGUCCUCGGCAUCGGCGACAAGACGGGGUGCGUAACCGUGGAGGUGAGGAGGAAGGACACCGGCCAGGUGCUCGCGCACGGCCGCCACACCAAGUAUCUCGCCAACGUCUCCAGUAAACUGUGAGGGUCCUUCCCAUCCUGGAAGAGCUGCAGUGUAUAGAACGGUUGUCUUUGCUGGCCACCGAUCUUGAUAUUCUACCGAGCACGGAAUAUUCCAUGCAUCGAUCCAUCAUUCAUGUUUGCUUUGAGAUUCGUGUUGCUUUUCUUGUUAUCAAAAUUUAUCUCAUUUCAAAAUGUUUUGUUUGCUUUUUCUUGU